AUGACAACUAUAAAGGACCAAGAUGGAAGUGCUAUCCAUGAAGUGCUUCUGUUUGCACACUGCAAUGGGGGCAAUGGGACUUGUGCAAUCAUAUUGCCCAAUUCCCCGCUGCCAGAUAUAAUUACCAGCACACUUAUGCAGACAAAUCCCAUCUGCUACAAUGAAAGUAUUAUAUCUGCCUUCAUCCAUAUACUGAAAGAAAAAGCUCCUAGACUGGCUACUACAAAGAUUCAGGGGACAAUCUUCCCAGCUCCAAAUUUUGACCCUGUUCUGGAUGCCCAAAUGCUGGGUGGAGCUCUGCAAGGAACAGAUUGUGACAAAGAUAUACUGAUUGAUAUUCUAACACAGCGCUGCAAUGCACAACGCCUCGUGAUUGCUGAAGCUUACAGUAAUAUGUACAGCAGAGAUUUGCUGAUAGACCUGAAAGAGAUUCCCUCUCAUCACUUCAAGGAUGUUAUGGUUGGCCUGAUGUAUCCACCGGCAUCCUAUGAUGCCCAUGAGCUGUGGCAUGCUAUGAAGGGAGUUGGCACAGACGAGAACUGCCUAAUAGAUAUAUUAGCUUCAAGAUCAAAUGGGGAGAUCUUCCAGAUGAAGGAGGCCUACCUAAUGCAAUAUAAUAGUGACCUUCUACAAGACAUUUACUCGGAGACUUCUGGACAUUUCAGAGAUACACUUAUGAACCUUGCUCAGGGAACAAGACAAGAAGGAUACGCAGAUCCCGCUAUGGCUGCGCAGGAUGCCAUGGUCCUGUGGGAAGCAUGCCAGCAGAAGACUGGAGAACACAAAAACUUGCUGCAGAUGGUUCUGUGCAACAAGAGUUACCAGCAGUUGUGGAUGGUUUUUCAGGAGUUUCAGAAUAUAUCUGGGCAAGACAUAGUAGAUGCCAUUAAUGGAUGCUAUGAUGGAUACUUUCAGGAACUACUCACAGCAAUUGUUCUCUGUGUUAGAGACAAAGCUUCCUAUUUUGCUUAUAGACUUUACAAUGCAAUUCAUGAGCUAGGAUUCCAUAAUAAAACAGUUAUAAGGAUUCUGGUUGCUAGAAGUGAAAUAGACCUGAUGACUAUAAGACAACGGUAUAAAGCAAGAUAUGGGAAAUCACUGUGCCAUGAUAUCAGACAUUUUUCUUCCGGCCAUUAUGAGCGAGCUUUACUUGCCAUCUGUAAAGGUGAUGUUGAAGAUUAUUAAAAAGAAGAAAACAGCGUUGGACAUGAAGGGCAAAACAGUUACAGACUGAUUCGAGAAAAGAAAAUAGACAUCUAAGCUGUUCUGAUUUUUCUUUAUCUACUACACUUGCCAGUGUGAU